UUUGUAUUUAGUCGAAGAUAUUUAUCUGUAAUAUUACUAUAUUUGUAAUAUUUAACUGUACAGGCCACCAAAGUAUUUCGUUUUUCCUAAUAUUAACGAUGGGCGAAUAUGCAAGAGAGCCAUGCCCGAUGAGGAUUAUGGAAGAUCUUGGUGGUGCGUUUGCCAUAGGUUUCAUGGGCGGAGGAAUUUUCAACGGAAUCAAAGGUUUCUGCAAUGCACCAACCGGUUUCCGUAGACGUUUCAAGAGUGCUUUUCAUUCGGCCACCACCCGAGCCCCCCAAGUGGGCGGCAGUUUUGCAGUUUGGGGAGGCGUGUUCGCGGCCAUUGAUUGUUCGUUGGUGGGCAUAAGAAAAAAAGAAGACGCUUGGAACGGCAUCAUUAGCGGCGGUCUGACCGGCGGCAUACUGUCCGCGCGAAGCGGCGUCGCCUCAAUGGUAGGUAGCGCUGUCUUCGGGGCCUGUCUGUUGGCCAUGAUUGAAGGAUACAGCUUGUGGUUCAUGCAAGUGUAUGAAACCGAACAGUAUCGACAACAACCUCCGAUAUUCCAAGAUCCUCCUCCAAUAUUCAAAGAUCCUCCAAAUGGCAAAGUCUGA